AUGGCUGAGAAUUUCUGGCAGCAGACGUUUGCCGACCUCCAAACUUCUCCCUACCCUGUCUUCCCUGUCGUGGGGUAUAAGCCUUGCAUUGGGACUGUGAUUGACCACGAGAUUGACCAGAUCGACUUUGGCACCAACCAUGACCAGCCGUACACAUUGUCCACCACGGUAUAUGCCGCCUGGGCGUUGCUCUUGGCUCAGUACGCCAACACCUCAGAUGUGGUCUUUGGUACGAGGGUAGAUGGCUUGCGGAAUGAUUUGAGUUGCUCCGAGGAUGUUCAGCAAGGACAAGACGCUCUUCCACUACGAGUGCCAGUCAACUGGGAAUGUGACCUCGAUGACUGGUUGCAGGCCAAUCAAGACCGAAUAGCGGCCAUGCAAGAAACUGAUACACCCAGAACACUAGACCAAAUUCGGGCUUGCAGUCAACAGACCAGGGAAGCCUGUGAAUUUCGGACAUCACUUAUAGUGAGAGAUACAGAACCAGAAGUGUAUGAGGGCACCCAUCCAUUCUCCAUUGAACGAGCCCUUCAUACGGAUUUUCUCGCUCUCAUCGUCGAGUUCUUCCCAUCUACCCAUCGCCGGACGUUAUUACUACGGUUUCACAUCGAUGAGGCGGUACUAGAUACCUAUCAGACCGAACGCAUGGUGCUUCAGCUCACACACCUCAUCCGCCAACUGUGUAACCCCGCUCUAAGCCGGCAGAAACGGGUGGUGGGGGAUCUGGAUAUCUUGUGUGAUGAAGAUAAAGCACUAAUUUGGAAGUGGAACGGAAAUAUACCAAGGAUGGCUAACACCUGUGUCACCGAUCUCUUUGCGUAUCAAGUUCAGAGGCGAGGAGAUCAUCCCGCCGUGCACGCAUGGGAUGGGUGUCUUACCUACGCUGAACUGGAUGAAAGGUCAACCCGACUGGCCGGAUGGCUAUGUGAAAGUAAAAUUGCAGGCCCGGGGCACAUUGUACCCAUUUGCUUCGAUAAGACCUUGUGGACGACAAUCACCCUCUUGGCCAUCGCAAAGGCAGGCAGUACUUUCAUCAUGCUGGAUCCUUAUCAGCCGCUGGGUCGCUUGAAGAGUAUAAUGGAACAAAUUCAAUCACCCACGAUACUGGCUAGGCAUGACACCGUUCGUCUGGCUCAAUCCUUAGCUGAUAAUGCUGUCAUUGUGGAUGAUGAGCUUCUUCGAUCAAGACACGAAAUUCCUUCUUCCCUUCACAAAACACCCAUUGCUCCAUCCGACCACCUGUACAUUGUCUUCACGUCAGGGAGCACGGGCACUCCCAAAGGCGUCAUUAUAUCGCAUGCCAAUCUCUGUACGGCAGUCGGACACCAAGCGCGUGCACUCGGGUUUAACACGGGAGUUCGCACAUUCGACUCCUCAUCAUACAGCUUCGACGCAUACGUUUGCAACACCUUCCAUACUCUCCUGACUGGGGGAUGUUUGUGCGUGCCAUCGGAGAGUGAUCGCAUGAAUAACCUGCAAUCGGUUCUACAGGCGAUGGAGGUCGAAUUUGCGCAGCUCACCCCUUCCACGUCCCGGCUUCUAGAUCCGGGAAAUCUACCACACCUGCGCACGUUGGUUCUGACGGGCGAGAAGAUCAACCGCACCGUGCUCGAACCUUGGUUGGCAACAGCCGGACGGGUGCGCGUCAUCAACGUCUAUGGCCCCUCUGAGUGCACCAUUAUGUGUGCGGGCAACCGCAAUAUCAAGUGUCUUAAGGACGCAGAGAGCGUCGGUUUCGGGUUGGGCGCGAAUCUGUGGAUCGCUGAUGUAAACAAUAUCCAUCGUCUGGCUCCGAUCGGCGCCAUAGGGGAAUUGCUGAUUGAUGGACCGAUCAUUGGUCAGGGAUAUCUCGGGGAUGCGCAGAAGACCCGAGAGUCAUUGGUUCAGAUCCAUGGAGGGUAUUUGCCAGGCAUCACAUUGGCCCCAGACCGGCCCGUCUUCCGCACGCAAGAUCUGGCGAGGUACAAUGUAGAUGGAUCCAUAACAUUCAUUGGUCGCGCCGAUACGCAGAUCAAAAUCAACGGUCAAAGGGUAGAGAUCGGGGAGGUGGAGUAUCACCUUGGGCAAUGUCUCCCCGAGGGAAUGAACGCCGUCGUGGAAGCCGUAGAAUGGCCAUCGGGCCAAAAGCAAUUGCUGGCAUUUAUUCACCUGCAAGAGGAGAAGAAACAGCAGUUGGUUCAGUGGAUCCCGAUGUGGGAUGACCAAUUGGCCGAUCGGUUGCCUCGAUUCAUGAUCCCUUCCGCGUAUGUCCCUGUCUCUAGCAUCCCGAUGACGGCGACAGGGAAGACGGAUCGUCGGGUGCUUCGACAGAUGGCACUAGGGGCACCGGAUCAGCUGCUCAGCGUGCAUAACUUACCAGAACUGGUAGCAGGGGAGGCCUCAGUUAAAGACACAAACCGGCCCUUGACCAAAGUAGAAAUGAUUCUGGGAUGGCUAUGGGUGGAGGUACUGAACCUGGACAAAGAUACCGCUCUUGCCCCAGGCGACAAUUUCUUUGCCCGUGGAGGGGAUUCACUCGCUGCAAUGCGGCUUGUCCGCGCCUUGCAUAGCGAAGGAUGCAGCAGCAUCAAAGUUGCAGAUAUUUUCCGACAUCCACGCUUAUGUGAUAUAGCAGUUGAGAUGGAAAAGGGUGAAUCGCGGCCAUCCAAUGCGACACCAUCUCCAGCUAGUCCAUUCUCCCUUUUGUUGGGUACAGCUCAAGAUCCCCAGAUAAUGGGCCGGGUUCGUCUCGAGAUCUGCCAGCUAUGUGGGUGUGAGCCUUUCGAGAUUGAAGACAUUUUUCCAUGCUCGCCAAUUCAGGAAGAGAUGGUCAUCUUGGGUGCCCGCAAUCCGCAAGACUUUGUUACACAGACCGUCUUCUCCUUACCCCAAGGGGUUGAUAUAAAUAGGUUUCGGCGUGCCUGGGAGACUGUGACAAUGUCGGCUCCCAUCAUCCGAACUCGCAUCGUAGAUACAAAGAAAACCAUCGUGGGUGAUACGGCAGUCAAAUAUGAUCAUGCCUUUUCUCAAGUCGUCGUGAGUGGUCAGGUGCCAUGGACCCAAUACUCCGACUUAAAUCAGUGCUUGCAAGACGAACGAGGAAGAGGAACAGGGCUAGGCGAAGCACUCCUGCGCUUUGCAGUUGUUGAUGAACCGAAGUCAGACGAAAAGCAGCUGUCCCCGCUCAAGGCGGUCUUGACUAUGCAUCAUGCUAUUUACGAUGGAUGGUCUAUGGACCUCCUGGGCCGAAGCCUGGCGCGUGAGUAUUACGGCUUAGGAGACCACAAGGUGCCAGAUGAUGGUUUGCUCCCAUAUCGGAACUUCAUCCAGUACUUGAGCACCUCGGAUGCAAUAGAAGCCUCACGUUUCUGGUCGCGAUAUUUGAAAGACGUCCACCUCCGGCCAUUCCCCGCGCUUCCGGCUCCAGACUACCGACCCUAUGCUACGGCAUUGCAGGAGCACAGUGUCUCCGGACUUAAGUGGAAAAGGGCUAGUGGUAUCACCGCGAACACCAUUGUCCAGACCGCUUGGGGGAUGGUAUUGUCCAAAUAUUCUGGCUCCAGCGAAGUGGUGUUUGGGACCACGUUGUUAGGUCGUCAGAUACCCUUGGUCGGGAUCGAACGAGUCGUAGGUCCUACCAUUGCAACGGUCCCUGUGCGAGUUGUUAUAGACUGGGAUGACCAGAGUUCACUGGACCUACUCCAAACCAUGCAGGAAGAUGCGGCAGACAUAAUCCCAUUCAUGCAUUACGGCAUUAAGCGCAUUCGCCAACUGGGCAAUGACAUGCGGCAAGCCUGUGACUUCCAGGCCUUCCUUGUCGUCCAGCCAGUGCCUCAACCACGAUAUUCAGGGACAGAAAAAGCCUUAUUUGAUCUGGGAGACGGGCAGGACGAUAUCCAAGCGUUCAACACCUAUGCCAUUAUGGUUGAUUGCGAGCUGACCAGCGAUGGAUUCCAUCUUCGUGCCAGCUUUGAUGAAAACCUGCUCGGGAAAUACAUAGUUCGACAAAUGCUUCAAGAUAUGGAGCACGUUGUGUUAUCUCUCAUUACCGCCACCGAAAAACCCGUGAUGUUACGGGAAAUGGAUAUUGUGACUGAUGAGGAACGGAAGGAGAUCCGGAAGUUUAAGGAGCAGGACCACAAUGCCCAGAUGCUUGAAAUCGAAUCAUCUAUCAAGGCCUGUAUACCAGACAAUAUACUAGACACCGCAGUCGAGAUUAUCGAGCUCCCUGGCCUCUCAAAACAGUUGGUAGCGCUUGUUUCUCCCAUACAGACCGAGAUACAUUCCUCUCGGUUGAACGCCAUGUUGGCCAACGUGAUCCAGCUUCUUAAUGACAGACUUCCUGCACACAUGAUACCCUCUAAGUUUCUUCCUCUUCCUAGAAUACCAAAGCUGGCAUCUGGGUUCGUUGAUCGGGAAGAAUUAAGGCACAUCACACAGAGCACCCCCACUGUUCAGCUGGUAGAUAGCUUUAGUCUACUGCGGGUCAGUCACGAUGAGCCACCUGGUUCACCAGGCGAGGUUCUCUUGCAAAGUCUGUGGGCGUCUAUAUUAGCGGUGGAUAGGUCCUUGAUCAGCAGACGGGCCUCCUUCCUAGCCUUGGGUGGAGACUCUUUGGCAGCGAUGCGGCUUGUGGCGGCUGCUCAGGAAGAAGGGUUUUCAUUGACAGUGGCCGAAGUGUUGCGCACCCCUCGUCUGGCAGACAUGGCAGACCGAGCACUCCGACCAUUAGCAGAAACACCCACAAUGCUACCCAAGCAGGUUGAGCCAUUCUCCUUGCUUGGAAAUGGUCUCAACAAGGAACUUCUGGCGAAGAUCUGUCAUCUCCAGCCUGGGGAUAUCGAAGACGCAUAUCCUUGCUCUCCCAUCCAGGGUAUGAUGCUGGUACAUUCUGCUCGACGGCCUGGAGAGUUCGUUUCACAGGGCCAUAUUCAUCUUCCUGCCCACGUUGACGUUGCCCGACUAAAAGCAGCAUGGUAUGAGGUGAUUUCUGCAACUUCAAUCCUGCGUACCCGAAUUGUAGAAUUUGCCGAGCAAGGGCUGCUCCAGGUAGUAACGAACACUGCCCCCAUAUGGAUCGAGUGCGAUAGUCUGGGGAAGGUACCGUCACCGCCAGUUGGUCUUGGGGACCCCCUUCUCCGGUUUGCGCUCAUCAAACCCCAACCUAGUCCUGGCACUAAUGAUGACGGCUCUGCGACCCUCAUAAUGACAAUCCAUCAUGCCAUCUACGAUAGAUGGUCUGCCUCCUUGGUCACGAAGAUGGUGGAAUCCAUAUACCGUGGGGAAGCACGUAUGCAGCAACUUGUCCCCUACAGUCGGUUCAUUCAAUACCUUGAACGGCAAGUCGAUGCAGAGCGUGGUCUUCAAUUUUGGGAAACAUAUCUUUCAGACUGUAUUGCACCACAGUUUCCUGCUCUUCCCAACCCUAAAUAUCAACCCACGACUACAUCUACUCGGAAGCGGUCGAUCAGCUCCCUCAAAUGGCCCAACAACUUCACUCCGACAACCACAUUGCGAGCGAGCUGGGCGAUUUUGGUCUCACAGUACUGCAACUCGAGCGACAUUUCCUUUGGGUCAGUUGUAAUGGGCAGACAAGCACCACUUCCUGGUGUAGAGCGCAUCGCCGGCCCGACUAUUGCCACCGUUCCUAUCCGGGUAGAAGUAAACUGGGCCUCAUCAACUCUGCACACAUUGCUCCAGGGAAUUCAGUCAUCCACAACUGACAUGAUUCCUUUCGAGCACUACGGGAUUGGCCGAAUACAACGACUAAACUCGAUGGCCCAGCAAGCAUGUCAAUUUCAGUCACUGAUGGUCGUCCAACCCGCAGAGGAUGUAGAUACAGAUGGCAAUACCAUUCUUCGUUUGCAGCUAGGAGAUGAUGACUUCAAAGGAGGGACAUACGCUCUUAUCCUGCAAUGUGUCCUGGAUGGCCCAUUGGCCUCCUCUUCAAACAACGUCUCAGUAACUUUGAGUUUUGACGAGCACGUCAUUGAUCCCUCCCAAGCGGAAAGAAUGCUUGUGCAAUUUGAGCAAGCUCUACGCGAGGUUUGCAGGCAUGACGACGUUAUAGAUAAGAUUUAUCUUUCGCAGCUUCAACUCUUAUCACGGUCCGACAGCCAACAGAUAUGGUCAUGGAAUGCCAUGGUCCCGGAGAAAGUCGAUGGACGAGUGGACCGGUUGAUUGCUGAGAGAGUUGAGGCACAGCCUGAUGCGCCGGCAAUCUGUGCCUGGGAUGGUGAGCUUUCCUACCGUGAAGUUUUCAGCAAGGCCCGCCUCUUGGCUUACUGGCUCGUUAUUCACCAAGGCGUCGGGCCUGAAGUUUUGGUUCCCAUUUGCUGUACCAAAAGUCUCUGGACACCUGUGGCUAUUCUGGCAGUUAUUAUGGCAGGAGGGGUGGUGGUCACAAUGGACCCUUUCCAAGCGGUGGAGCGCCUGCGCGCCAUCACAUCGCAGCUUAACCCACGGCUAAUUCUGGCUUCGCCAGCGACCCAAGCCAUCGCUCAGCAACUGUCUGCAGCCACGGUACACGUUGUCGAUGAGCAAAUGCUACAGGGUAUACUGGACCCUGAUCUCGCGGAGGACGGCUCAUGGAUCCCCGUCUUGUCGGGUGACAAUGCUCUCUACGUGACAUUUACUUCUGGUAGUACCGGAACGCCCAAAGGGGCUGUCAUCACGCAUGCCAACGUCUGCAGUGCAAUGGUUCAUCUAGGCCCAUAUACAGGAUUAAAUGAGACAGACCGAAUAUUGGAUUUGGCGUCUUACAGUUUUGAUAUGGCCUGGUACGUCUUUCUUCACACAUUCUAUGCAGGCGGCUGUCUUUGCGUUCCGUCUGAGGAUGAUCGACGCAACAAUAUCCCACGGGCGAUCCACAGCUUGCGUGUGAACCAUCUCGACACCACCCCUUCCUUGGCCCGAACACUAGAUCCCAAGUCACUGCCCAUGAUCAAGAAGAUCGCUCUUGGAGGUGAAGCGCUCCAGAUGGACGAUAUCACCAGAUGGGGCUCCGAUGUUGAAAUUCGCAACUCGUACGGACCCUCUGAGUGCACAAUGUCUAGCACGCUUUCUCGCUAUGGGGAGGAUUUCACCACCACUGUCAACAUUGGCCCUCCGCGAGGACUAAAUGCUUGGGUCACCAGCUGCCUUCAGCCCAACAGAUUGGUACCAAUCGGAGCCAUCGGUGAGCUAGUGCUUGAGGGUCCCUUAGUAGGACGAGGAUACCUCAAUAAUCCAGCUAAAACAGCUAGCGCGUUUAUUUCCAACCCUGCAUGGUUGCGAGAUGGAAAUGGAGUCCUUGUUUCCCGCCCUCAAAGUCGGUUUUACCGCACAGGAGACUUGGUGACGUGCGACAGUGAGGGUAGACUAACAUAUGUAGCCCGAGUAGACACGCAAGUGAAGCUGCGUGGACAGCGUUUGGAGCUGGAAGAAGUCGAAUACCACGCGCGCAGACUAUUAGACACUUUACCAUAUACCGUUGCGGCCGAGGUUGUCGAGAUCUCGACCUUGCAAAAUCCAGAUCAGAAAUCACAGCGACUGAUGAUGUUUUUUUCAACCACCGAGAAGAAUGAUGGCAACCAAGGCUCUUCGCCAGUGGAACCAGUACCGUUAUCAUCGGUCAUAGCAAACGACCUCACCAGAAGGCUCACCGAAAUUCUCCCUCGAUAUAUGGUUCCAACAGAAUUUAUCCUAUUGCCACAGAUUCCUCUGUCGUCUGCAGGUAAGGUCGAUCGCAAGAAGCUGCGUAUUAUCGGGGCACGCAUCCACUGGGAUGCCAGGACCCAGAAGGGCCCCAUUGCAGAACCCCAAACCGAAUGUGAGAGAGCACUGAGAGUGCUCUGGUCGGACGUCUUGAAAAUAUCAACGGAUCUGAUCAGCCGCCAAGAUAGCUUCUUCGAACUGGGCGGCGACUCCCUUACUGCUAUUCGGCUGGUCGGGGCUGCCCGCGCCAAAGAUCUGCCUCUGUCAGUCGCUACUAUCUUUCAGUAUCCUCGUCUCGACGAAAUGGCAUGCCAGAUCGCUCUGAUGACAGAGGAUAAUGUGCAGGCUAGUAGCUAUUUGUCUCCACUAGCACUAGACCUUCCAGACGUCUCAGAGAUCGCAAAAGCCUUGUCUACUACGGAUAAAAUGAUAGCCGAUAUCCUUCCUGUCACAGACUUUCAACGAUAUACUAUUCGCUGUGCUCUCCAAAGUCCUCGCACGGAGUGGAACUAUUUCACUAUGUCCUUCAAAGGACUUUCAGUCACUACGAAGCUAAAAAACGUCUGUCAGCAACUCGUUUCCUCUAUCGAGAUCCUCCGGUGUGUUUUUCUGCCGCAUAACGGCGAUGGAGAUUACCUCCAGGUUGUCCUCCGCAGCUUCGACCCUGAUAUCGCUGUUCAUACUGUCAGGGAUGAGCCCGUGGACCAGGUAUGCGAAGCGAUUUGCAUGAAUGACCUCGUUAUGGAAGUGGCCCCGGGUUCGCCCUUCGUGAAUUUCUUCAUUCUUGAAUCGGAACAGAGUCAACAAACGCGGCUGGUGAUAGGGCUUUCCCACGCCCUUUACGACGGGAUUUCUCUGCGCCAUAUGGCCGAGUGUAUCAGCGCCCUAUACCACGAUCGACCUAUGCCCCCGGUAUCCGACUUUUCCACCUUCAUGAAGCUCUCACCGCCACCCGCUGCCUUCGCCCACUGGCGUGCCCAGCUGCAGGGUGCCCCGGCUCCUACCUCAGCAAUCUCAAAUCAAGCGCCGGCAACAUUGCAACCUGGUCCCCGAACCCAAAUGCACCAAACGGUGCACUUCUCACAUGAAACCUCAAAGGACAAAUUUACUGUUGCUACCAUUUUCACAGCCGCAUGGGGCAUUGCUCUCGCUCGCACAGCGGGGCUGAAUGACAUAGUCUUCGGUCGCGGAGUAUCAGGGCGCACAGUGGUACCGUCUUCCGGUGACGAUAUGGAGACUGUUGUCGGACCGUGUCUGAAUCUUGCCCCCGUGAGGAUCCAAUUACCUGAGCAGAGCAGCCCGGCCGCGGCCAGCAAAGCGGUGACGGAUUACAGAAUCGUGGAAUCGCUGCAGUCCCAAUUCAAUCAGUCGGUGGCUUAUGAAGCCAUCGGGCUAUCAGAGAUUGUCAAAAAUUGCACGGAUUGGCCGCGAGAUGUGUCGGAUUAUGGGUCUGUCUUUUAUUUUCAGAACUUUGAGAACCAUUCCCAGAUCCAGACAGCCGAUCACGAUGUUCCCCUCAUCCCGAUCAAGCUGAACCGCGCAGAUCCUCCAGAGCCGCCAAGGCUGAAUGUAUGGCCCCGUGGUGGGGGAGAAUACCUUUUAGAACUCUUGGUACAUGAGGGAAACGCAGCGAAGAGGGAAGUCUGGGCCAAGGUACUGGAUCGCAUGGUGCGGUGGUUAGCUGAUGCCGAGGACUUCUUCGGUAGAGAGAGGCAAGGUAUUUCCAUAUAG